AUGGCAGAAGAAGAAAAAACCAGCUGGUGGAACAGGUCUAUAAGAUCAAUCAAUAAUUUUGCAAGGAGAAGUGCAGAUUCUAUCUCUGAUGCUGCUAGAACUGGGUUUAACAACACAGCCAGAGCUUUCGAUUAUAUUGGAGAUAGAGUCAUGAAUAAUGGAAAGUGCCAUAUGUGCAAAAAAGAAGCUGACAUCAAUAUCCCUUGCGGCCAUGAGCUGUGCUCAAAAUGCCUAAAAUUUUAUCUUGAAUCGUUUGGAAAAAGCAUAUCUGAAUUAGAAUCGGUUCAUUGCUAUAUCUGCUCAGAACCGAUACCACUUGAAUUUCUUAAAAAUAAUUUCACUGAAUUAGAAGAAAGUAAUCCAGAUCGCCAAACUGAUAGCCAGCUUCCGAAUCAACAAAGAGCGAAUAUUGAGGAUAUCUAA